AUGACGGAGGAAAAGAGAAAGACACAGUCAGCAGACUACCUGUUCUGGUAUCUCAAUUGUCUACUGAUUGGGGCUAGUGUCGCACUAUUUAGUGCUAUUAUGAGCUUCGAAUCCUACGUACUCAUGCGCUUCCUUGGAGAGGAACAUCUCACCGCUCAAGGACUGUGGUACUUCCUAAAAAGGGUACAUUACGUAAUCGCUAUUGGCGUAUUCGUGCUUAUGAUAUUCACGCCCCUAAAGAGAAUAUCGCUCGAACAUCUUGGAUGGGCGCUAUGCGCAACAUACGCCCUACCUGCUGUAUAUUUUUACUUCUGUGAUGAGCCUCUAGUGUCGUCCUGGAGGUCAACGUGUCUCUUCAUAGCUGCCUCGGUCUGUUCAAGCGCCCUGAUCUCUGCUUUCUUCUUUUUUGCUUUCAAGUUGGAAACACACAAAAAUAUGAUGAUGCCAGUGAGAUCUGUAUUUAUGUUUAUAUUAGGAACAUGCCUCGCAACAUACGUUCCUACUAUCAUGGUAAAAAAAAGUACGUCAGGCGCUAAAAUAAAUCUUUAUAAUGAACAAGAAGUUUGUGGUAUGUUAAGAACAAUAUUUGCAAUCUACACGACGAUAACAUUUCUCUCCGCUGCACUCACGUCCCUAGACCCUUGCAGCUAUUUGGGAAUAUCAGAUACAGAAUGUCUUAAACAAUACAGCCUUGGAACCAACAUAAUACCGGAGGAUAUGGCCACCACAGGUAUUAUUUUUCUUUGCUCUAUAGGAUGGGCACUCUCACAUAUUUGUGGAUCUGUGACACCGUUCAUGUUCAAUUUACAUUUGAACGAAUCAAUAUGGAUUACAAAUCUACAAUGGUAUAUAUUCACUGCUGUCACGUUAUUUUUUCUGAUUUGGUCUUUUUGCCGAUCGUUUGCGAGAGAUGGUUGCCAGCAAAAAAACCUAGGAAAGUCAACUAUGGAGGCUGCAGAUGCGGUUGAUACCGUGGAGCCCAUGACGCAAGUCCCUGAUAAAGAAAAACUGAAUUCGUGUAUUAAAACGAGGAUAUUACGGGCGCCACAACCGUGGUAUUUAUUACCAGCUGGUUUCUGGGCAGAUUGGGAGUAUGAAGAUAACGACUUUCACGGUUGUGUAGCGCAAUGCUUAAAAAUAGCCAAUCUCUUAACCUCCAUUCGUGAUGGUGUUAACAUGGAUGAUGGAUGUAACGAAUUGGAAAUCGAACAAGUCAUGACAAGAAAUGACAUGUAUAAUGCUAAGUAUCAUCUCUUGUGCUUAGUAGCGAACUUUGUAACCAAGUGCGAGAAAACCAUAGAAUAUCUAAACGAAGAACUAACAAAGAGAUCGUGUUUCAAAUGUCCAUGUAAAGAAUUCGAAAACAAAAUCCGAGAUUUCAUAUCGAAAUGCGGAUGUGUAGAUAAUAUUGAGAGAGACCUAAACUUCACAACUUGUUCUUGUGAAAGAGAUCAUGAAGACAAUACACAGGGUAGUUCCAGUACAACAACUGGCAACCAGAACUGCAGUAAAAAUUCUAGUGCCGCGUCAACGUGUGGUUCAAACACCAUAAGCAGCAAUAUUUGCCAGAUGGGGUGUCGUUUGAGGGAUUGCAUUGAAUUGGCGAACAAACUGGCAACAAAAGUAAGGGGGUCAUCUUCCCUGUGCGAUGAUCUUGACGACAGCUCACUCUAUUACGCUGCUGAUCUUUUAGAUGAUUUUUUGAAGGAGUUCAUUGCUAAUUGGUUUUUGUUUUGUUUGGUGGAAGAAUGCAUUGCCGUGUUUAAAUAUAUAGACGUGGUUCAAAAAGGUGUCGUCAAAAUCAUAGAUCACUACACAAAGCAAUAUAAAUGCCGCAAAGGUAUAAUACGUGAACGAAGCAAGAAAGAUGGGUCCGUAUGUGCAUGUGUUUGUCUCGUGAAAUUGGUACAGUGUUGCCAAACUUUACACGCCAAGCAGUGUGGGACGAUUCCGAGAAGUAAUGAAGAGGCGAUCCGUGGGUGCCAAGAGGCAGCCAGUCUGUCACAUAUUCGUUGCCUCGUGUUGAUGGUUUAUAGCUACAUAGAUUUGAUGGAUUCGAAACUGGCAUCUGAAUCAGGUGAUUGUGGGUCGUGCCAUUCGCAAGAGGAUGCUAGUGCUUGUAAAUGUGGCAACUACAACUACCGAUUGUAUGACAUUUUGUCGCGAUGGCUCACUGAUGUCUCUACAUCGAUGAGCGCGGGAGACAAACUGCUUUCCGACACUAUUGAAAUGCUAUCAUUAGUAGCCAACAACGAUGAUUAUGUUGAUGUACCCGCGCCCGAAUAUGUCAAGAUAUUGCGAUCAUUCGUAGGUAUUGCACGUAAAAUAACACUGCAAGCUAACAGACUUCGUGGCUAUCAAACCAUGAGAAGUUGUAGUGAUGCCGAUGCCAAAGUGGACGAGGAAAUAAUGAAGACAUUCUCGAAUACCUGCCCUUGGUGUUCCAGUGACUGCAAACAAGAGUCAUGCGAAUGUCUUGAGAAAAAACUAGACGAAUUUAAAGAGUUAGAAGAGUGUUCCAUGGCUAUAUUAUGUGCACUGUCGAAUCUAAAAGAUGUAGGAGUCGUCGAAAAACUACCUGACUGUUGCAAUAAAAUCUCAACGUCUUUAGAGCAGUUAAGUAUAAAGCUGGAGACUGUCUGCGGAAAAACGGCCAGCCAAAUCAAAUGUCUUAGUAGCAUUGGCUGUGAAGUAAGUGACUUUUUUACCAGUUGCAUUAAGCAACCAACAUGCUCAUCGAAUGCAUCUGACAACGCAUUUUGUAAUGUGGACGACGUCAACAAGGAAUUGGUAAAGCUCCUGUUCUACAGUUGUAGUAUGCCAUCUGGUGAUAGUAAGGAAUGUGUAUCGACGUCUCAGCCCCAAGAGUGUAGCCAAAAGGACUGCAAGUCCAUGUCGUGUAUCUUGAGAGAUUUGAUGUGUACGAUUUAUGGCAGCGGUAAAGAAGUAACCGGGCAAUGUCAGUGCAAAGAACAGGAGAAAACUGAAUGUUGUACUCAUGGAAAAGGAUUAUGCGCCAUUUUGCAAGAGUGCUCCUGCCAAUUAACUGAACUCCAAAGUAUAUUGGGAUGCCCUGGUGGACUCGCCGAAAAGUUGAAUCAACUCUGUAGCACGGUUGCUGCUGUGAGUGAGGAGAUGACCAGCAUCAAUUGUUGUUUGGACUCUUUAAAAUGUGAUUAUCAAAACUUCGAUUGCUAUCUAACUGAAGUCCAAGAUUGUUUGCAGCAGAAAUUCGAGGCGGAAAAAAACUCAAUCUGUGAGCUGCAGAAGUUUUUGGACGAUAAUGGUGAGGCUUGCCGCUCCGCAAUAGAGUCUAUGACCGACAUUUUAAAAGCCACCUCAGAGUUAUCCGAACAUCACCAGAAAUCCGUAUUCUUCUUGGACACGGAAGUAAGGAAACUUACAGAUAACGUCAACAAAACCUGUGAAAGAGCCCAGGGGUUGAAUGAUGCGUUGGUAAAGUGUCUGGAGGGGUUCGAUGCCGAAAAAAGAAGCAUGCUAGUUCCACCAAGGAGGGAACGAUCAGGUUACCGUAAGGCUAGAAAAUAUUCAAUGAUGGCCACUAUAAGCGACUACAUGUGGCACUUUGAUCUUUUAUGGUCAUUUGGUUUCCUAUUUUGUGCGAUACACAGUUGGUACAAUUCCCAAUCUAACAAUUGGCUAUAUGUAACCAGCCGAAACUUCGCAGUCUUGGUCGCUGCCAAAGGUGUAAUGAUGGUGAACAUAUAUGUGUUAGGGUUAUGUUCACGCAAAGGUAAUCCGGAUUACUUUAUAAACUACUCAUUGUUGCUGGGAUUCUUCAUUGCGCUUUGUAUGUCAUGGGCCAGCCAGUGGUGGGCACAAGCCGUGUUCAUCAGGGAACACUCUAGGCCUGUCAGUCAAUGGUUCCGCGUGUUAUAUCCAGAUUAUGUGCAUGGAGCAAUUGGAGGGGCGUACCAGUGGUAUGCCGGGAUAUGCGGUAUCAUCGGUGGAGAUCUAAUGUACCUAGGACGCUUCAUAUUUAGAAAUGAUCUUUCAUGGUAUCGUUACAACCCAUUUGGUUCCAUGUUCGAUAGCUAUUUUAGAAUGGACAGUAGACCGCUCUAUUUCCAUGGAGUGUGCCAUUGGAACUCCUUCGAGAACAAACUGCGCAGUGAUAUUUUAACUUCAACAAUGGUAGGUGAUUAUUCGGGACUCGUGAAUUAUCUGGCAUUCAAAAGUUCGUAUCUAAAGGAUUUGGGAUUUCUAUUUAAUACCUCGGUAUCCAACGUUGGAAACGUGCCAAUCGAUCUCCUGUGGUCAGCAUGGCAUAAGAUGCAGGUACUAACGCUGGAGCGUUGCGUGAGCUACUCUAUUUUGGAAGCCGCAUAUAUCAACGUAUAUAACAUGAUAAAAAGGUUAAAUGUGGGUAUCAAAGCGGCAGAAGAAGCAGGGGAGUCACUCUUGGAGAUGUUCGACAGAGAACAGAGGAACGACAUAGUACACAAAGCAAUGAUGGUACCUGAAUUUACCGAAAUCAACGUUAAAGGGAGACAAAUGAGCUCUCUUUACAAAGUGUUUACAGAUUAUUAUAUGAUGAAAUGGGAUGACCACUGUGCCAAAAGGGCAUACCGAAGUAAGGACAGUGCUGAGAAGUCGUUACACCGCCCGAGUGGUGUGGAGCCUAACGUAAAAUUGCGAAUCUGCGAACUUAGGAAUUAUUUAAGAGCUUGGUCACAGGCGCGUUUGGAGGCGUGUGAAAUUAUUUAUGGAGGCGACGAAGCCUGCGUGAAAUUGGUAUCCUCUGCGGUGACAAUGGUCCGCAAAUACAUCUCUACUAUUGAGAUGGAUGCAGUACCACGUCCCGCUGCGGAGUUGCUAAGGUUCUGUGAAAACUACAGAGCAACCAACUCUGGAGGUACUCCUGGUGCCGACAGUAAAGCUAAGGGCACCAAUAACAUCGCAAAGAAGGGCUCAGACGUGUCACAGCAAUUGGUGGAAACCGGCAAGGGAUCACAAAACCGGCAUAUGCAGGAAAUGCCAGAUAUGGAUCGUUUCUUUUUGGGAUUCUGGCUAAAAUAUGCUGCCAUCGGUCUUAGAGCAUCAGACGUCGAGCGAGCGCUGAGUGCGAAGUUGUACAAUACUCCCUCGUACUAA